CAGCUGCCUCUCUGCUCUUUCUAUUUUUGUGCAGGAAUCGACUAUAAAACCACCACCAUCCUUUUAGAUGGCAGGAGAGUGAAGCUGGAGCUAUGGGACACGUCGGGCCAGGGGCGGUUCUGCACUAUCUUCCGCUCAUAUUCCCGUGGCGCUCAGGGGAUUUUACUGGUGUAUGAUAUAACAAACCGGUGGUCCUUUGAUGGCAUCGACAGAUGGAUCAGGGAGAUCGAUGAACAUGCCCCAGGCGUGCCCCGAAUCCUCGUAGGAAACCGUCUUCAUCUGGCCUUCAAACGACAAGUUCCCACGGAGCAGGCCAGGGCAUAUGCAGAGAAGAAUGGCAUGACCUUCUUCGAAGUGAGCCCCCUGUGCAACUUCAAUGUGAUCGAGUCUUUCACGGAGCUGUCUCGCAUCGUUCUGAUGAGGCAUGGCAUGGAGAAGUUCUGGAGGCCUAACCGAGUCUUCAGCCUCCAGGAUCUCUGCUGCAGAGCCAUCGUUUCCUGCACACCAGUCCAUCUCAUCGACAAACUCCCACUGCCUGUCGCCAUCAAGUCCCACCUCAAGUCUUUCUCCAUGGCCAACGGCAUGAACGCCGUCAUGAUGCAUGGACGUUCCUACUCGCUGGCCAACCCGGCUGGCGGCUCUAAAGGCAACAGCCUGAAGCGGUCGAAGUCCAUCCGUCCACCCCAGAGUCCGCCACAGAACUGCACCCGCAGCAACUGUAAAAUCUCCUAAGUUCUGCGUGGCGCUGAGCGGUGUCCCACCCUCUUGAGAGGUGAGGGCGGGUCUUCAGUGAACAGCUACAGACACUUUCUCACUACAUCCCUCUGCUGAAGCAGAGACGCUGAGACGCCACCUGCUCCACUCGCUGUCUGAGGGGUUACUACGUGUACAGAAAGCUCUCGAUCACAUUUCGUUUCUCUACAUGCUGCAUGACGUUCUCGUGCAUCACUGAUGCCGUCUCAAGACUUCUCAUUCACUUUGACACUUUCUCUCUUCUGUCUGGUUAGAUUUCCUCCUCUUCUACCCACACUUACAUUUGAUGUCAGUGAUCAAUAAGCUAAUGUUUAAGACACUACUAACUUGUUCGUCCCUGAUCAGCUUCCAACCCAGGUCCCUAAAGUCCUGAUGGACUCGACCUGAAGCAAGUCUCAGGUCCAGACUUGCUGCGGUGCCUCCAGUCCACGUCUGACUUUUUUCUCAGCGCUUCAUAUCAGUGUAAACUUUUACAAAGAUCAAAGUCAUGAAAAGCAAUUUCAACUACGCAGGACACAUUCUGCAAAUCCGCAGAGUCGCCGUUUUUAACAGAGGAGCCUGUGAGCCUUGUUGCCAUGGAUACCGUGCUAAAAUAGUCCAGUGAGGGCUCUUCUAUUUUCUAUGAACUUCCUUUUCAGACAGUUUGGAUUAAAUUUCAUACGGGGCAUCUGUGCAGUUUGUUUUUAGGACAGACCUGCUGCAGGUUUGGAAUUUUUCCUGAAACUAAAUAUUUUCCUUUUUAAACAAUCUGGAAAUCUUUCCUACUUGAAAUGGGCUCACCUGUUUGUGUUGCACCUGUUUUCUUUGAUCCAGCAGCUUCUGGGAGUUGUGUGGAGAGCAGAUGGAGAAGCAUGUCUUUCAGGAUUGAGAUUUAUUCUCCUGUGCCCCCCCCCCCCCAGACAUCACAGCGGAGUGUUAUAGAUUUGUCACCAGUGGAACACAGCACCAUCAUGAUGGUAUAAUCGGUGUUUUAGUCUCAAUAUUGUUGAUGCUACUAAGAGUUCAUUAGUCCAGAAAAUCUGUCGUCAACAUAUUUUCUUUGUCUUUUUAGGAAAAUGUUCUCAAAUUGGAAGAUUGACAGCUUAAAAUAAAGAGUAGUUGGGUUUAGACUCCCGAUAAAUGUUAUUUUAAACACAUUCACUCGUUUAGUUAAACUCAUCCAGUAUUUGCAGCCUGGAGCUAAUACCAUGAGUCUCCGGUCAGAACCGAACACCGAGUCCACCCGGGAGGCUUUUGGUGGUUUUCUUCCUGACUGACACCUGUUAGAUGGACUCCAUCAUGUUUUCCUGCUGUCUGCAGACGCCUACAUUUCUCCUGUUGUUUUUCCAUCAACACUUUCCAAAGCAAAUGAAACCAGUUUGAGUUGCUGAACAGGUUCACGCCAAGGCGGAGUAUUGGUGCCAGUAUUUAUGCUGAACACGGACCCAUACUGAGCAGGUUGUAACCUUUUCUCAGCACCUGUCCCACGUUGGGCCAUCACACAGAUUAAUGUAAUACUUAAGUUCAAAAGAAUAAAUUAAAAUGUUUACAUUUCAGAUUUUAUGAUGGUGCAUUUAGCCGGAUCAUGUCCUAGCCAUUUUAGCUGCCUCGUGGAAACUCGUGUUUUCCGGUUCAAAUCAAAAUUGCGGUCCGUUAACAGCAGACCCAUGUGUGAUGGUGGGCUUCAGUGGGACCUGGUCAUUGAGAGAUAAUUGAAUUCCUGCUGUCGGAGUUCUGGUCAAAUUCUUCCGUUUCCUUCAUGUCGCUGUGCUGCAUUCAGGUCCAGUGGGACAGAUGGCCAUCACGAGUAAACAGAGCUCAGUGUUUUGCUUUUCAAUUCAAUUCAAAAAUACUUUAUUAAUCCGAGGGAGAUUGAUUAAAUAGAUUUUGUGUUUAUGGUGAGCCUGAAGCAGCACUCGUGUAGAAAUGACUUGGAACAUGUGAACGCUUCCAAGUCACUGCCUUUUAGCUGUCUAACCGUUCUGACUGGAUCUCCCCAGAGACCGAACGCAGCAUGUCGUCUUCGUCUUCUGCUUCCCUCUGAUCUGCAGCUCUGUCCCAUGAUUCAUAGCUGCUUAAUAAUAGAUGCUCUGCAGGGCUUCAUCUUCGUUUCUCCUCACUGCUCCUUCAUCCUGUGAGGUUUAUUUCUCAGUGUUAAUAACUGGAUCAGUGGUGACUUUCCAGCUUCAGCCUGGUUGUACUCAGCGUUAGCUCCGGUUUGUUUGCUCAUCAUUACGCUCCAUGUUUGCUUUGUGUUCAUUUACUCCCAAAUUGUAUCUCAAGCCGUUUUAGCCUUUUGGUCUUUAGAUAUUGUAACUUUAGAGGAGGUCCUGCUUCCACUGACCCAGAAUCAGAUUUCAGAUGGUGGUUUCUGUUUUCCAAACCAUCCAUCUGCAGCCUGUUGUCAGUUUUUACUCAACUUGCUUUUUUUUAAAUAGUUUUUAUCCAAAUUUGACAGGUUUUUGGAGUUAAGAUAAAAAAAAACAGAAUUUUAUGUUAAAAGAGAAUCUGAUCAUCUUUGUGCUGGUGUCGAUUAGCUGGACAGCCUUUAUGGCACUUUGACCAUUAUCAUUAAAAACAGCUCGAUACUUUUUCACUUAACUUCCACAAAUCAGUCAUUUCAUAGUUUUAAUAUUGAGACACUUAAACUCUCAUCACCUACAAAAGGUUUUUCAGAACUUAAACAUGAAAUAAAAUACCAGAGAUGUCAGACUCGUUCAAAACUUGCCAACCCUCGACCUUUGAAGUAAACAAUAAAUGGAAAAUUGUUAGUAAAAAUCCAACAACUAGUGGAAGAAAUUUCCAAUAAGGUGGGAAAAGAUCAUUUUGGUGCACUUUUAUGAACAAUAUUGACUUUCGUCCAUAAAAAGAGUAAAUGAUUAAAAGGCAUUUUAGUUUGUUUAAAAUAACAAAAAUAAAAAUUCUGCUGUAAAAUGUGUUCUCUGUGACAAAACUGAAAUGGCUUUGAAGAUGUUUAAGAGACAUCCAUGGUCCUCAAAGGAUUAACAUCAUUAAAUAACAUCCACCACAGAGUGAGUUUAGUUGUCUUCUGACGUUCAGCUUCAUCCGCUUGUUACUGUAAAUUUAAAUCACUGCUGUUUUUUGUGCAUCAGACACUUGACAAAGAUUAAAAGCAGUUCUUGUUUUCCUGUCUAAAUGGGAAACACCAAAACAGAGAAGAUGUUCUUUAAAAGAGGAAAGUGUUCAAGUGCUUCUGCUCUUCGUGUUCCUUUUUUCUGCAGACAUUUUCAAGAGCGACCCGUUAAUAAUGCAUGUAAGAGAUUUUAAAUCGCUGUCAUUUAAAGUUGAUUCUUGUAUUUUUAGUUUUUUAUGUGCCUUAAUGAUCAGCACCUUUUAUUUGUUUGUCAUGUACACAAAUGAAAUAAGAAGUCUGAUUGUUUUCCAUUCAGCCAUCUACUCCAGGUUUUGUUUCUUCGUCAUUGUAUUGCAGACUUGUGUCACCUGAGCUGAGAGUCCACAUGUAGAAACAUGGAACAUUAGCAAGAGACCGUUGGAAGCCUGAACUCUGAAUGCAUCCAUCUUGUUUGUUUAAAAGAAAAUGACCUAUAAGACACUAUUCCUGUUUUAUUGUUCUUGGCUGAAGCUGCUGAAUGAUGUGAAGUGAGAGUGACUAUGUUCUUCAACCUGAAUUUUUUUUUCUUUUUUAAAUUAUUGAUUGUACAGUUCAAGCAACAUGUAUGAAGAGACUUUUUCAUAAUAAAACUAUUGAAUGUUGGAGUA